AUGAUCAAGGCGGUGCGCGACUUCACCGAGUACUGCGAGGACGACAAGGCGGCGGUAAUCCUGACGGCCGAGCGGGCAGUCGUCGGCGCCGUGGACUCGUGGAUUCUGUUUUUGUUUUACGACGGACCGGAGCCCUCCAAGGAGGUCUUUCAGAACUUUACGGACAUCGGCGCGGUGCUGAACACGGCGCGCAAGCGCAGCUUUGCGGACAUGAUAGCUUGGAGCAACUGGGUGGUGCUUCCGGGCUUCAAUGUUCUGGGCGGCACGGAGACCAUCCCGCUGCCGGAUGCCAGCAAGGCCGAGACGGUGUUGGGCGAUAUCCAUGCGCACUGGCGGCCCGUCCCGAAGCGGAUCGUGCAGAAGGCGAGGGAGAGGAGCCCGGAUCUGAUCGGCAUGGAUGACUCGGUUGAUCGGCUGAUUAUGGAGGUGAACUUUAUAUUCCUUCUGCCGUCGGACUAUGAGAAGAUGCAGGGAGUGAUGAAGGAGACGUAUUCGGGCAUCAGGGAGAAGGUAGUUGGGUGGCAGAAGGAUGGGACGUUGCCGGAUGCGUAUGUGCCUAUCUUGAUGAGCUAUGGAAACUCGCAGCAGGAUUACUUUGCGAGGUUGAAGCCCGAGAGUCGGGCGUUGGCCAAGUCGGUGGCAAGCAAGGUUGAUCCGAAGGGACUGUUUCGGGAUAGGACUGGAGGGUGGAAGCCGUGA